AUGCCCAAGUACACCGAGAGGGACUUGCAGGAAGCUGUUCGUGAGGUCCAGCAAGGUACUUCGCAACGGUCCGCCGCCAAGCGAUGGCACAUCCCCCGAGCCACGCUGCAGGAUCGUCUCAAUGGAGGCAUCUCGCAUGCCGAAGCCCAUGAGUGCCGUCAGCGUUUCUCGCGGCAGCAAGAGAAGCUGCUGUCCCGCUGGAUCUUCCACCUGGCUGCUCUUGGCGUCCCCCCGACCCAAGUACAGUUUGAGGAAUUCGCCAGCCGCAUCUUGGUAGUCCACGGCGACCAACAGCCUCUUGGCAAGCAUUGGGUGCAGGGGUUCUUGAGGCGCAACACCGAGGUCAAACUGGUCAAAGGCCACCUCUUUGCGGCUCAUCCCUCUCUGGAACCAGGUGACACCACUUGCAGUAGCACGUCGACUCAUCAAUCCAGAAGAAUGCGGCUGCAGGAGCCUUCCUCGCGCAGCAUACUGGAAGGGCAACCCACGGAGAAUUAUCGCCAUGAAGAAGAAGCCACAACAAAUUGGGACUCUUAUACAUACAUGGAAAAUGAAGCAGAUAUGCUAUUUGACAGUGAAGGUCUCGAUAUCCCUGAUUGGAUCGAGCCAUCAGCUACCUAUCUAGAACAUUACAACUUUACCCUUUCCGACUGA